AUGGAGAUUCAAAAUAAUAAUAAUCAUCCGAAUGGCGGCGACGUGGUACGCCACCCGUCACGUCUCGUUUCUCGCGGGGGCGACAAGCGGCUCACGGAGAGCCGCUUUGCUACGCUGAAUGUUGGAGGAGGAAUGGAAGAGAAAUUAAAUGAGGUUUUGCAGAUGAUGGAUGAGAGAAAAAUUGAUAUUUUGUGUGUUAAUGAGACGAAACGGAAAGGAUGCGAUACCACCUUGCAUGGAACCUACACGGCGUAUUGGUCUGGGGUACCUAGUUCGGAUCGCGCCUGUCAGGGAGUUGGUGUUGUACUUUCCGCAAGAAUGGCUGAGUGUGUGAGAGAAUUUGAAUGUGUGAAUUCCAGACUGAUGUGGAUUAGACUGAAAGUGGGAAUGAUGCGCAUAUUUUUGGUAGGAGUUUACGCUCCAGUAGACCGGGGUGCGAGUAUCUCACAGCGCGUUCGGGAUGAAAGGCAGAUAUUUUGGGAUGAACUAAGAGAGGUUUUGAAAGUAUGUAAGAGUAAUGAAAGAUUAGUUUUGUUAGGUGACUUCAAUGGCUGGGUAGGAAUAAAAAGGGACGGAUUUGAAAAGGUUCUUGGAAUGUACGGUGACGAGAGAGUGAAUGAUAAUGGGAGAAGCGUGUUAGAAAUUUGCCAAGAGUGGAACCUUUGUGUAACAAACACGAUGUUUGACCACAAAAGGAUACACUUAUACACUCGAGAGGCGGAGAAUGUUAGGAAAAGUAUGAUUGACUUUGUGAUAGUUGAUGAAAGAAUUAGGAAAAAUGUUAUCGACUCCAGGGUGUAUCGAGGGUCGGGUAUCCAUUCUGACCAUUUCCUGGUAAUGUGCCGAUUAAGUGGCUUGUUUAAAGGAUGGAGACAACGACCCCGUACAGUUACUGCCGAUUUAAAAAGAAUAAAAGUGGAGAAUUUGCAAGAAGAAGGAGUAAAUGAUGAGUAUAGGAGUAGAUUAAAAACCGAAUUCAAUGGUAUGGAUGAGAUUAGUGAGACUGAACAAUUGUGGAAUAGUUUUAAAAAUAAAGUAGUAAGUGUGGCAAGUGAAGUAUGUGGAGUAAGGAAGAGGCACAAAGGAAAAAAGGAGAAGAAUGUUUGGUGGGAUAAAGAAGUGCAAGAAGCAGUGUGUAAGAAGAAAAAGUUGUGGUUGGAUUGGUUAGCCACAAGAGCUAACCAAAGAAAUCACACGGCUUCAUUUGACAAAAUCAGUGAAGCGAAAAAGGAUUAUAGAAGAAUGAAAGUGUUAGUAAAGGAAUUAGUAGACAGAAAGAAAGACGAACAGAAAGAUAAAAUGGAAGAAAGGCUCUCUCAAGAUUUCCAAACAAAUAUAAAGUUUUUCUGGAAGUCCGUUCGUUUAGCCAGGGGUAACACCCAGAAUUCUGAGCUAAAGUCAAUAAAAGACAAGAAUGGAAGAUUAGUGAAUGAGGAAGAAUGCAUCUUAGAAAGAUGGAAAGAGUAUUUUGAAAGUUUGUUUGAUAAAGAGAAGGCAAGCACGUCAAUUUUGGAGUUGAAUGAAAGCAUUGAAAACGUGUCGGAGAACGAAGAUAGUAUUAGCAUGGAUAAAAUUGUGAAAGCGUUGAAAGGAAUGAAAUCAGGGAAGGCUGCAGGGUAUGAUAGAGUUUCUGUCGAGAUGCUGAAAGCUGGACAAGGCAUUGUAGCAAGCCCUAAGAUAUAUAACCACAUACCCUUAGAGAUUAAAAGUGCUACUGGUAAAAGAGGUUUCGUGAAUAAACUUAAGGCUAAACUUAUGUCUGAAGCGUACUACUCUGUUGACGAAUUUUUUGACGGCAUGCACUCUUGA